GAGAAAACUAAACCACACAAACCCAAUCAGCUUUCCCAUCCUUCGCUGUUAAACUCUUCCACACUUAACUUCUCUUUCCUGUUUCCGUUUUCAUUUCGAAGAUGAAGAAAGCGGAGCUAGUGUUCAUCCCAUUCCCUGCAAAGGGCCAUUUGGUAUCCACAGUUGAAGUGGCUAAGCUUUUAGUGGAUCUCAAUUCCAACCUCUCCAUCUCCGUUCUCAUCAUCGAGCGAACCGUCGACGAUGAACGCACCGCCUACGCCGACUCUCUCACCGCCACCAGCACCACCAGUCGCAUCAAAUUCAUUCACCUCCCUCAACUUGAUCAAGACACAGAUGCGGCUAACUUUAUUGGGAGUGUAGUUCAAACCCAUGAACCACUUGUGAGAGAGGCCGUCACCAAAAUAGUUGAGCACUCGAACUCAGUUCCCGGCUCACCUCGACUCGCCGGGUUUGUUCUCGACUUAUUUUGUACUUCUUUUAGAGACUUGGCUAACGACUUCGGCGUUCCUAGCUAUCUGUUUUGUACUUCGGGUGCUGGUUUUCUUGGCUUCCUAUUUUUCACUCAAGCUCUUCAUGAUGAGCAAAACUUUGAGUUCGUUGAGUUAACAGACUCGGAGACUGAGUUCACUAUUCCAUCAUAUGUCAACCCGGUUUCCACUAAACUCUUUCCAUCUGUAACGUUCAAGCCUGAAGGUUUUGGUUUAUUCCUUUCCGUGGCGAAACAAGUGAGAGAAAUGAAGGGCAUCAUGGUAAAUACAUUUUUAGAGCUCGAAUCACAUGCAGUUGACUCCCUUUCUAACUGUAAGCUUCCACCCGUUUACCCGGUGGGACCCAUAUUGAAUACUGAAGGCUGUAGUGGGGUCCAUCAGAAUUAUGACUCAAUCAUGCAAUGGCUCGACCAACAACCACGUUCAUCUGUGGUGUUUCUCUGCUUUGGAAGCAGGGGAGGUUUUAGUGCAAAUCAGGUAAAGGAAAUCGCUUGUGCACUGGAGCAGAGUGGGCUCCGAUUCUUGUGGUCUCUACGUCGAGCCCCGGAGCAAGUAAACGGUAAGAUGGGACACCCGACUGAUUACGAGAAUAUGGCAGAGGUGUUACCGGAAGGAUUCUUGGAUCGAACGGCUGAGAUUGGUAAGAUCAUCGGGUGGGCACCACAAUUGGCCAUCUUGGGCCAUCCUGCGACAGGAGGGUUUGUGUCGCACUGCGGCUGGAACUCGACAUUGGAGAGUAUAUGGUUUGGAGUGCCAAUGGCGACGUGGCCGCUCUACGCAGAGCAACAGCUGAACGCGUUGCAAUUGGUGAAGGAGUUGGGAUUAGCGGUGGAGAUUAAAAUGGACUACAGGAUAGAUGGCGGGGGUGAGGUUGAACUUGUGAAGGCGGAAACAAUAGAGAGAGGAAUCAGGCGGUUGAUGGAACAUGAUAGUGACGUUCGGAAGAGGAUGAAAGAGAUGAGUGAUCGGAGUAGGAAGGCUUUGAUGGACGGUGGAUCUUCACUCUCCACGUUAUGUCGUUUUAUUGAUGAAGUCGUGGACAACAUGCCAUGAAACUUCAGCACAUUGCCAUUGCUAUUAUUAUUUCUAAAAUAAUGUAUUCAUAAUCAAGAUUUAGCUUAGCUUAUUUAAUAUACUUAUAUUAGAAAUAUAUAAAUUUGGUACGCUCAUUUUGUGACAAAA